CGUGUUCUUUAAGAACACAUGGUUUAUGCUCUUUGGUUUUCUUUGCGGUCGCGAACAAAGAAAGACUAACAAAAAACUAAUUAAUUCGUUUGAUCGUAUCAGAUCGGUGCUGUCUUUGGCACGUGACUAGCAAUAAUAUUCUACAGGUGUUAUAUUGCUUUAAAAAAUGGAAGUGCAGGAAGUUGUAUCUAAAACAGAGGAAGUAGAGCCCAGUGAAAAUAUUUUAACUGAGCCAGAAUUAGGUUGCAAUCCUGAGAACCAAAUAGUUGCAAACAUGGAAAAGCCUGAGGUGGAUGAAAAAUCAACUGCAGAACCAGAAUCUGGUAAUCAGGAAGAGCAAGAAAAUAGUGAAAAUAAUAGUAGUGAUAAAAAUCUGGAUCCAUAUGCAUACCUUAAACGGCCUGAAUUUUCUUCUGAAAACUUUAAAGUAGAGAUCAUGAAUCUUCCAAAAUUCUAUGGUGCUGGGCACUUGAAAAAGUUUCUUCAAAAACAAGAAAUCAAUGCCAACAAAAUGAAACUCAUGAAAGGAUAUGUGUUUGCUUCCUUCAGAAGUGAAAGGGAACGUGAUAUUGCAAUGGAAAAAUUAAAAGGUGUGACAUACAAAGGCAAUAUUCUGGAUGUCAAGUUGGCAAAACCCAUGCAAGACCCUCUUAUAAAAAAAAGGAAAGCUGAAGCUGAUGCAGAAGGACAGAAAAAAGCAAAGAAAGAACCGAAGGGUGAAUCACUUCCAAUUGUUGAACAGAUAACUAAAAAAACUGUACCAUAUGCUGGCAAACCCUACUCAGAACAGCUUACCCUGAAACAUCAAGACAUGAUGACUGUUUUAAAAAAGCUAACGAAAGAAGUACGAAAUGCACAUUCCCAAGCUGGUUCUUUCAUCCAAAAGAAAAAGGUAGCCUACGGUGCCAUAUGUGAGCUAGCUGAAAUCAUCCCAUCACCGGUUAGCGGAAAAUACAGAAACAAGUGUGAAUUCACUGUUGGCGUUAAUCCUGAAACCGAUGAAUUAACAUUGGGAUUUCGCGUAAGCACAUACAAAGAAGGCUCCUAUGCUGUUGGCCCUGUUUCUCAUUUGGCAUUCAUCUCUGACGCAAUGCGAGAAAUCGUUAGCGUUUUCGAAGCCCAUUUUAGAGCGUCCGGUCGUAAACCAUAUAAUCCUGAAGACCAUUCAGGUUUUUGGCGACAAGUCCUUGUGCGCACCAAUUUGGCAGGAGAAGUCUUAGCCGUUGUUCAAGUGCAUCCGCAAAAUCUUUCGGUAGAAGAAUUAGAAUCUGUCAAGAAUGACCUGAAUAAGGUUGCUGAAGCCAACAAGGUCGUUUCGCUCUAUUUCGAAGCGGCUGGACCAAAAAAACCGGGAGAGGAUCCGCCACUGGAGCAUGUAAUGGGCAGCACUCACUUGAUUGAGAAACUGUGCGGCCUCGAGUUCUCUAUUUCUCCUCUUGCCUUUUUCCAGGUGAACACAUUGGCAGCUGAGGUUCUUUUCAACAAAAUAGCUGAAAUAGCUGAAAUAGAUUCUAAUACAAAUAUUCUCGACGUCUGUUGCGGCACGGGUACCAUUGGUCUAUCGUUGGCGAAAAAAUGCAAACGUGUUUAUGGGGUCGAAUUAGUGGAAAGUGCAGUUGAGGACGCCAAGAAGAAUGCUGAGAAGAAUGGAAUUACAAACUGCGUAUUUAUCGCUGGAAAAGCAGAAGACGAAGUAAAUAAUUUAUUAGAUAGCAUGAAGAAAAUGGAUGCUGCAGAAGGCAUUGAAAGCAGCAAGAUAGUGGCAAUUUUGGAUCCCCCGCGGGCUGGACUACAUCGCAAAUGCUGCCAGUUGCUACGCAGUGCAGAGCGCAUUGAAAGAUUGAUCUACAUAUCGUGCAAUGCCCAAGCCGCUAUGAAAUCAUUUAUCGACUUGUGUCGAGCACAGUCAAAUGCCUAUGCAGGGAUUCCAUUCAUUCCCGUCAAAGCUAUGGCGGUCGAUCUCUUUCCUGAUACACCGCACUGCGAAUUCAUCUUGGUUUUGGAACGUUAUCGGCCCACAUGAAAUAUUUGAAGGUAACGAGUAAAAAAUAAAUCUUUUU